UUUCUCUCUGUAUAACGAAUUUCGUUCGCGAACGCUGCAAAAAGUCCAUCGACGUCGAGUGAAGUGGAAGAAUUUUCGGAUGCAAAUUUUUGCCAUAAAUUUUUGCUAAAUUUUGGAAAAAAUGUGCAGAAAGUGAGCAAUGAAGGUCCAACAACAGAUGUGUGUGCGAAAAGUGCGAUUUUGCAAAGUGAAUGCGUUGAAAAAGCGAAGUGAAAAAGUGGCUAAAGAAAAUUUUCUACAUCAGCAGUGACCAGUCAACCAACAAUAGUAACAACCACUAAUCAUAGCAGUUAAACAACAAAAGAAACAAUAGCUGCUUCAAUACAUACCCAGACAAGACCUACACCAAGCAGAGAAAUCGGAUGGAACACUCUAAUUGGUCAAAAAGAGUGUGAAGGUUUUUCGUAGUGCCACUUCAAAAAUAAAUAAAAUAAAAUGUUGCCGCUUACUAUAUGCAAUGCUGCGAUAUUUCUCUUGCAACCAGCGAUAAUUGACGAUUUUACGUCAAAGAAUAAAAAAUAGAUAUUUAGAGUAAACAUAAAAGUCCUACAGCAUUAUAAAAACAACAUAUUUAUUUACUUAUUCAAGAUCAUCACUCAAGCAUACAUACAAUAUGUAUGUAUGUAUGUAAGUAUUUACAUAUAUGCAUAUAAACACGAAAAAUAUUUGCAAGGGCGAUAAAAUGUCGAGCGAAGGUCUAAAGGAAAUUAAAAACUAAAUGAGCGGUAAUAUAUAAUUUGACCAAGCCAGAAAAAAAUUCAAAUUCGAGCAAUUCCUUGUUACGACUGUCUGUGAAAAUGAGUCGUGAAGAGCCAAAAUCGCGUACAAGCAACAAAAACAUAACUCAUCCCACCAUCAGCACCACUAACUCCUCCCCCACCAAUAACACACAUACAACAAUAGUGUCAACUACUGCAACAUCAUCAAUCAGUUAUACCACCUGCAGUGAUGCAACAACUACGAAUUCUAACACAAACACCGCAGCAUUCCUAACAGCCACUAGCUGCAGCGGCAGCGGCAAUGACAGUGUCAACAGCGUUAGUGGCAUAAUCUCUACUUCAACGCCACAUAAGCGUUGUGAUGCUGCAGCUGAAUUUAGCUGUGGAGGCAGCGAUGGCAGUAAGUCCGCCGCCGCCAUGGGUGAUGCGCCCAACGCUUCGUUACGUGAAAUGCUAGAUGCUGCCUUUAAUCCGGACGAUAGCGUUGCCACAACAUUUAAUCCGCCGGGCAGUCGCAACUUGAGCUCCAUUUCAGCGCCGGCUAGCUUUAACAAAUCUUCCUCAACUAAUAACUCAACGGGAAGCCCGGUAGCAAAACGUCACCUGAGCGCCACCGCACAUGCACGCAUGCGCCCACAAUCAAGUUAUUCGGCACGUGCGCUGGUUUUUGAUGAUUCCGAUCAGGAGUUGGGCGCGAGUGGUGGCAGUGGCAGCGGCGGUGGUGGUAGCCCACGUAUCAGCAGCAAGCAGGAAGCUAGUGUGAACGCUGCCAAGUCCUCAACUGGGUUGGAAAUUUUGACGGCGUCGCCGAAAGCAGCUGGCGGGGAUAAUAGUGCCAGCAACUCAUCGUUGACAACAUCGGUGUCUUUGUUGCGUAACUCGAACCUGACCAAGUCGUCUUCGGGUGGGCUUUCGGGCAGUUCAGUGUCAUUGCCGGGCCGCAGUUAUAAUGCGCUAUUGCGUAAGAUCUCCUACCAGCAUGGAUACUCCAUGCGAUCGUCGAGCAACGGUAAGUGUUUUAUGAUUACACUACACAACCCACAGUGUAUUCUUUUUUUGCCCCGCGAACGAGACUUGCCAAUUUUCAUAGAUUUUAGGCCGAUAAAUACAAAUCGGAAGUUUAAAUCUCAUAGCUAGU